GCUGAGCUUUGGUUCCUGACGGAACGACGCGCUCUCGCUUGCCGUGUCCACACUACCCACUUCACCACCGCCACACCUAUCAUCAACACCACCACACCACCGCCUAUCUGGGUAUCGCGAAAAACCACGAGCAGCAACCGACGACGCACUGCUGCGCCAUAGCUCGGUCGCUUAUCAAUACCGGCCUCGUCGCCAAUUUGUCUCGUAUACUUGCUGUUCCAUUGCUACACCUAACAGCAAACUCUCGUCACCAUGUUUUGGUCGGGCACCCUCCUCAGUGCCACCGGGCCAUUGGCGAAAGCCUGGCUCUCGGCCAACCAAGAGCGCAAAGUCUCCAAAGUGCAGAUUUUGCAGCACAACCUCCAAGACAGUGUCGAUGCCAUCAUUGCCCCUAACGAUGCACCGCUGGCCCUUCGGCUGAGCGGUCAGCUGCUUCUCGGUGUCGUUCGCAUUUAUAGUCGCAAGGCGAGGUACCUCCUCGAUGACUGCAAUGAAGCCUUGAUGAAGAUCAAGAUGGCCUUCCGAUCUACCGGAAACCACGAUAUUCCCACUAACCUACAUGUUCAAAACAGUGAAUCUCUCAUGCUUCCCGAUCAGAUCACGCCAUACGAUAACCUCGAUCUACUACCACCCCCGAGCGCCGACUAUUUGGCGUCACAGAUCGAAGAGGUUACUGGCGCUCCUAUCAUGGCUCGCAAGGUGCAAGUCCGUGCGAGUCAGCGCGAUAUCAACCUCCAGGAAGACUUCAACAACAGCCAGUUUCUGAACAACACCAUGAUCGACGAGGAAGAGCUUGCCCUCGCCAACAACGACGACCUCGGCUUGGAACUGGACUUCGGUAUGGAUAUUGACGAGAGGCCAAGCAAGUUUAUGGACACGACGAUCGAAAUGGGCAGAGACGCACCUAAUGCUAGAGCCGUUGAGGACGACAUUUUUAGCGAGUUGAGUGCUGGGCCCGGGAAGCAGCGCGGGACCCGCGAGCCGUCACUAGGACUUGAUUUGGACUACGGCGAUGGCGUCCGGAUCGCCGAUGAUGAGGGAGAUAUCCAAAUGGGCGAUGACGACCUCCAGUUCAACGUCGCGGACCACUCCGAAAUUCCCGAAGGCCUUUCUACCCCAGGUGCUCCGGAUAUGGCUCGUACUCGCAUCUCCGAGUCUCCCUUGUCGGACAUCGAUGACGAGUUUGCCAAGGAGGUUGAGAUGGAAUACAGCCGCCACAACAACUCAGACAUGUACGAACCCGGCGAGGACCCAACUGCAAGCACGAUAAUCGCACCCCAGAGGUCGAAGAAGAGAAAGCUUCUUCAGCCUGAUGAGCAGACCAUGCUCUCAAAUGCCCAGAUCAAGGAGCAGCAGUCGAAGCGCGACAACAUCCUUAAGCCGCAGUCUUUCGGUACCCAAGAUCCCUACCUGAUGGCUUUGCUCGACUUGCAAAAGAACGGAGCGUUUGUCAGCAGUGUUCUCCUCGAGAACCGGAGUGAUAGCUGGGCUGACGAACUUUCGGACAUGUUGUCUCUUAGCACUUUCCGCCCCUUUGAUCUGAAGAGGAAGCGGGAUAGUGCGAUUGCUGACAUGGAGGCGGAUGACGAGGACGGCACGCGCAAGUCGCCCCGCCUCGAGCUUCCCGAUGACGAAUCUACGGUUGUCGGCCGUGCGGAGAGUAUCAACGGCAAUCAGAGUGAGACGGCCGAAGGCACGGAGAUUGAACUAGCUGCAAACGACGAUGGCGCUGUCUUCCAUGAUGAGGACCAGGAGCGACCUGGCUCAAGGAAUGCCAACAGCCCGGUCCCCAAUUUUGACGAGACCAUUGCCCCCAUUGUGCAUCCCGCCGACAGCGGUCCGAUUUCGAUCGGGACCAAGCACGCGGUCCACAUUCUCCGUGAUCUCUUCGGCGCUGAGGCCGCUAACAACGCCGAUAAGCGCAAGAAGACCGCUGUUGUGUUCCAGGAUCUUUUGCCUGAGGGCAGGACGACCAAGGCCGAUGCCACCAAGAUGUUUUUUGAGUGCCUGGUGCUUGCGACCAAGGACGCCAUCAAGGUCGAGCAGAAAGAGGGCGCGCUUGGCGGUCACAUCCGUAUCCGCGGCAAGCGCGGUCUCUGGGGUGACUGGGCUGAGCGCGAGGCUGGUGGUGAGAUGGCUCAACAGUCCCAGCAACAACAGCCUAUCAACCCCGACGAGCCCCAGCCUUCGAUCGAGACCGCUGCUCAGCCGAUCGAGGCCUCGGCUUAAAUCCCGAACUUUGUAGAGUUGGUGUCGGUUUUGUCAAAGGUUUAUGACCAACUUUUGAGGCACAUACCCUGUACAAAAAAAAUCAUCAUUUCUCUUGCUGUGGUGGUUACGAUAUCACUUUGUCAAGUCUUGUUGGUCAGUCAUGGAUGGGGGAGAGGAAGAGGAGGAUGAGAGUACGAGAACGGAGAGGAAGAAGCGUGGCGGCUAUUCUGUAUUUCACUCUUUGUCUCUUGAUGAUGUCUUUCCUUUAUACUUUUUUUGUUUUUGGUUCAUCGUGUCGAUUGCCUCUCUUCGUCUGGCAUUUUAUAUCUCUCUUGUUUGGUCGUUGUCGUCAACAGCGACCAAGUGGCGUUUGUGGCGCUUCCGGAUUUUUU